AUGUUUGGCGAUCAGGAGAAUUCACUGAAGCCCUUCGCGGCCGGCUUUGCAUUCGUCUUUGGCACAACUCUUGCGAUGCAAAUCGAUGAGCGACCGCAAACACGCGCCUCCGGACGAAGACCAGCAACUCCGGAAAGGCCUGCUUUCAACAGAAGGCAAACGACGCCAGAAAGGUUCAUGAACAGCCGACAAGACCAGCAAAGACGUCUGCGAGAAGAGAUCGAACGUCGACCACGAAGACCAUACCCUGCGAGAAACAGCAGCCGCGACGUCUAG